AUGAUGUUUGUUGUUCUCGUCCUUCUUUCCAUUCUCGCUCAAUCAGCAGCAUUAACGUGUUUUGAGACCGAUGAAUCGACCGGUGAAAUCAAAGAAGUGACAAAUGACGAAUGGAAAUAUUGCGUUUUCAUCCCGCAAAGCAAUCAACUUAUAACCCGAGUUUUCGGAGUCGGUCCUGAGGAAGAUAGCACUUACGUAUAUGAAAAUUCAUUUAAACAACAAGAUAACUUCUACAAAGUUCUCACAGUCUGUAUUUACGAGAAAUUCGAUUUACGACCUCUUUCUCCACGAUUUGCCGGACCUGAAUUCCUGUUUCGUUGCAUGUGCAACUACGACCGAUGCAAUUCUCAUCAGACGUUCUCAGGUUUCUUAGCCGGCGUCGAGAGGGAUAAUCGCGAUUAA